AUGUCUGACGCCCCAGAAAAACACAUAGCCACUUCGCCUAAAGAAGAUGAGGUUGUUAAUAAAAAAUUAAAGGUUGAUGAGCAACCGGAAAACCUGUUCACAACGGUUGGUGAAGCAGCUCAAGAGGUCGAUAAUAUGAGUGAUGAACCAGAGGUUAUUGGAUCUGAGUCGCUACGAAAUACAGGUGCUGCCGAUGCCGAGGGCCACCCUGUCCAAGAAAUUGACAGUUUGUGUAUGAAUUGUCAUGAGAACGGUGUUACCAAGCUUCUUCUUACUAAGAUUCCAUAUUUCAGAGAGGUUAUUGUCAUGUCGUUUGAGUGUGGCCACUGUGGUUUCAAGAAUUCAGAGAUCCAACCUGCUUCUGCUAUUGCUGAAAAGGGUGCCAAGUACAUUCUUCAAGUGACUGAGAAGGCUGAUUUAAAUCGUCAAGUUGUCAAGUCUGAGAGCUGUACCUGUACAUUCGCUGAGUUGGACGUUGAGAUCCCUCCUAAGCGUGGCCAAUUGACUACUGUCGAGGGUCUUCUUAGUCAAAUUCAUUUUGAUCUUUCAUCUGAUCAACCUGCUCGUAAGGAAAUUGAUCCUGAAAACUAUGCUAAGAUCCAAGCUUUCCUCGACAAGGUCCAGUCUGCUAUUAAUGGCGAGAUCUUGCCAUUGACCGUGACUGUAGAUGAUCCCGCAGGAAAUUCGUGGAUCGAGUUCAACCCCGGUGAGCCUGCUCAUAAGUGGUCUCACGUCGAGUAUUUCCGUACUAUUCAGCAAACUAAGGAUCUUGGUAUGGCAGUUCCUGAUUCUGUUCAAGCUGAAGCUGAUGCUAAGGAUGCUGCUAAAUCAGCUGCUCUUGCCGCUGCUGCUGACAAACAUAGAAAUCCUUCUGCUGCCAAGACUAUCCAAGAAGAGGAAACUGAGAUUGAGAACUUUUCCAACGAGGUGCAAGUGUUCGAAGCCACCUGUCCUGCUUGUCACUCGGACUGCCCCACUCAUAUGAAGGUGGUUGAUAUUCCUCAUUUCAAGGAGGUUAUCAUCAUGAGUACGGUAUGCGAGCACUGUGGAUACAAGUCAAAUGAGGUCAAGACUGGAGGUGCUGUUCCUGAAAAGGGUCGUAGAAUUGCUCUUAGAAUCGACGAUGCCGAUGAUUUGGCUAGAGACAUUUUGAAAUCCGAGACAUGUGGAUUGGUUAUUCCCGAGCUCGAUUUAGAUUUGACCCCCGGUACUCUUGGUGGAAGAUUCACUACUGUUGAAGGUUUGUUGAGACAAGUCCACGAGGAGCUAGAGACCAGAGUGUUCACUGAGACCUCGGACUCUAUGGACACUACUACCCUCAAUAGAUGGAAAAACUUCUUGGCCCGUCUCAUGGCCGCUAUUAAUGGAGAAAUCAAGUUCACAAUUGUCAUGGAAGAUCCUCUAGCGGCGUCGUACAUCCAAAAUGUCUAUGCUCCUGACCCCGACCCCAACAUGGAAAUCGAGGACUACGAGAGAACCCAUGAUCAAAACGAAGAUCUCGGUCUCAACGACAUGGCUGCCUAA